UAUCUUGCAGGCUAGGCGCGUGGAUCGUGGAGUAAAGCUUUGUGAAGUUCUCCCGAUGUGAUGCGGCGGAAUAGUUAACUUCGGCUGUGCGUGCCCAGGGAGUGCAAAGCGUGUGUGUGUGUGUGGAAAUACAAACACGCUUGCUGUUGGAAGCAAAAGAAAAAUACUCCAGCUACGGAAGAUCUGACCUCCAAGGGAGCAUGAAUCUGGAUUCUGAGGUCAAAGAUGGCCUUAUGCCUGGAACAUCAAAUCAGUCAGAAGAGGAAAAAGCAGCAGAUGCUAGAAGUGGCAGCGAUUGUGCCCCAGAAGGAGAUGCAGCUCCUGGCCAUGAAGGCUGGGAAAACACAUGCCUGAAGCCUGGCAAGGAAACCCCAAAGAAACAGCUAUGUGGCUAUUUAAACAAAUUCUCUGCUAAAGCACCCAUCAAUGCCUGGAAGUCACGUUGGUUCUUCUAUGAUGAAAACAAAUGCCACUUACUUUAUUACAGGACAGCACAAGAUAUUACCCCUUUGGGGCACAUAGACAUUUCCAGCGCUAGCUUUGAUCUUAAGGUGGGAGCAGAUGAAGGCGUCUUUGAAGUCAGGACCCCUGGCAAAGACUUUGUCCUUAAGGCCGUCAACAAGCAGGCCAUGAUGUACUGGUUACAACAGCUGCAGAGGAAGCGCUGGGAAUUCUGCAACAAGCAGCCUGGAACUCUGGUAGAGGCAGAUGCAGAGGAUGCUUCCCCUCCUUCCGUGGCCGAGGCCCAGCUGCACAGUACUGAAGCAGAACAUGAAUUUUUACCACCUGUGAAAACUCCCACUGAUGUGGUUGGCCUAGAAACAGCCUGCCUACCAGCACCGCAGUCGUCUAUUGUUCUUCAGAACCUCUCCCUCAAGCAUCCCUGGAUUGAAAUACAGAACACAGUGCAUAACCUUUGUAGCAGCUUGCAGAACCGAAGGGAAAGUGGCAUGUUUGUGGGAUCCCAAGAAAAUCUUGAAAAUGUAGCUGAUGAGGAGCAUGUGGAAGCAGAAGCUGAGGAUACAGUGACUUCAGAUAUGCAAAAAGACAUAAAGAGGAGGCUAAAGAUGCCUUUGGCAAGAAAAAACAAAAAGCCGAAUAGCAGUUUCCAUUACUUUGCUGAAGGGGCACGACAGGAGAAAAUAGACACUCUGAAGCACCAAGUUCUAGUUCUUGAAGAGGAAGUGAAAUCUCAGAAGGAACUGGUUAAACUUCUCCACAAAGCUCUGGAGGCAGCCCAGCAAGAGAAACGGGAGUCUUGUCUCUACCUGGCCACAGCAAAGGAGAAAGACAGGCUGGAACUGAUGAGGCACAAAGUGAGGCAGAUUGCCGAGCUGAACAAACAAGUUGGAGUGCUGGACAUGGAGAAGAAAGAGCUGGAGCAGAGCCUUGCUUUGAAGGAGGAGCACAUCAAGGAGCUGGCGGAACACGUGCAGCUCUUGAUGGAAAAGAACCAGGCCAAGCAGCAAGUCAUUCUGAAGCUGACGGACCAGCUCACUGGAAACAUGGCUAACACCGUUGCUGAGGCAGACGUCAUUGCCACAGAGACCUUGUACAAGCAGCAGGAAGAAAUUGAAUACUUAAAGGAUGACUUGGAGGCCUACAAGACUCAGAACCAAUUUCUGAACUGUGAAAUCCACCAGGUUACUAAAAUCUGGAGUGCAGUGGCACAGAGAGAGAAGACCCUCCUGAUGAAGUGUGCCCAUCUGCAAGCCCACAACUGCCAGAUUGAGAGCAAGUACCUGAUGCUGCUGCGGAAGCUGCAAGGCCUGCCGGGUUUGGCUAGCGAGCACGUGGACAUGGUGAAGGGCCUCAUACGGGAGGCACUUCAGUGGGACGUGAAGGACCAGCCCAUGAUUCCUGCUCAGCUGAGCCCAAUCAAUCAAUAUGAUGACUAUGGGUUUAUGACUGUUCCUGACUAUGAAGCUGCAGACUGGAAGCUUCUGGCAAAAAUCCAGGCACUAGAGAUCAAAUCCAGUAAUCUUCGGAACAAUGAGGCAAUGGAGAAGCCCCUCUCUGAGCGGUGGAAUAACCUUGGAGAACUGGCUCCUUCCACGGAGCUGAAGAACCUGCUGCGCUGUGGCAUCCCGGUACAGCACCGCAAGAGGGUGUGGCGAUGGAUUGUGAGUCAUCGGGUGCAGCACAUCCGCUAUGCGGGCCACUACCAAAACUUGCUGGAGAAGUGUGAAGCCGCCGAGCACCCAGCUUCCCGACAGAUUGAGCUGGAUCUGCCCCGCACACUGACCAGCAAUAGACACUUUAUGUCCCCUACCUCCCAGAUGGUUCCUAAACUCCGACGGGUUUUGCUGGCAUUUUCCCGGCAAAAUCCCACCAUUGGCUAUUGCCAAGGGCUGAACAGACUAGCAGCCAUUGCACUUUUGGUCCUAGAAGAGGAAGAAAGUGCUUUCUGGUGCCUAGUUCAUAUCACAGAAAACCUAAUGCCUCCAGAUUACUACAGCAACACGCUGAUAGGCUCACAAGUGGAUCAAAGAGUUUUCAAAGAUAUCUUGUUGGAGAAGCUUCCCAGGCUGACAGCUCACCUGGAGCAGCACCGAAUUGAUCUGGCCCUUGUGACCUUCAAUUGGUUUCUGGUUGUAUUUGUUGACAGUCUUGUCAGUGACAUUCUCUUCAGAGUCUGGGAUGCCUUUCUGUAUGAAGGGACCAAGGUGAUAUUCCGUUAUGCUCUGGCAAUUUUUAAAUAUAAUGAAGAUGCAAUUCUAAGGAUCCAGGACAGCUUGGAAAUUUACCAGUAUCUUCGUUUUUUCACCAAAACCAUCUGUGAUGGCAGAAAGCUGAUGAGCAUUGCCUUCAGUGACAUGAACCCAUUCUCCAUAAAGCUGCUGCAAACUCGGCGUGGAGUGCACAGAUUAAAACUGGAGGCUGAACUGAGAGAACUGGAGCAAAUAAAAGCACAGUACCUGAGAGAACAGGCAGGACAUGCAGCCAGUGGGCUGGAUGGAGCUGGGAGCGAGGACGAAGAAGAGAUAUAAAAAUCCUAUUUCCUCUUUUCUGUUUGUCUUCAACUGUUCACUUCCUUUGCAACAUAACGCUGGACCUUGUUUGUACAGAGUCACCCGUGAGCAAGGAGUGAAGUGUUGGACUGCUUCCAAGGGCAUCAGUAUGGCCAUAUGCUGCAGAGAUCUUGUUCUCACAAAUGUCUAUUCUUGAUCUAGAGUGUGGCGAAAUAUUUCCUGGAUGUCAUUGCACCAUCGAAUCUUUAUUCUCCCUUCCUUUCUGGAUCCCAUCAAGCAUUAUAUAUUUCUGUUAGAGGCCUGUCCCUUUUCUCCUCAUCUAUCAUAUUCUGUGUGGUUUCUCUCUGGGUGGCAAAGGGAGGAUACUUGCAGGUACGCCUUUUUUAAAUGCCUCUGUUGCAGGCUAGUGAACCACCAGUACUAAAAGUGUCUUGCAAAAUUCUGCCCUUGCACACUUCUGGUUUCCUGAGGCCUCAAGUUGUGCCUGUGCAACAUACACACAGAUAAACUUCCUUGACUGGGUAUCCUAACCGACCAGUGUAGGGUUGAUUUAACGAAAUGUUCAAUUCUCUCCUGCUGUUUUUACUGAUGUAGGACAUCAGUGCACACACUGAUCAUAUCUGUGCACACACACGUGCCCAAGUGAAGACAAGAAUUACCUGCUUGAUGGGAUUGCUAAGCCGGUUUAAGGGGGGAGAAUUUUUGCUUCCAUUCAUGUUUGGUGAGGCCCCAGUUUGUAUGUGUGCUUCUGCCGCUGUUGCAGCCGAGAACCCUGCUGGAUCAAACCGAGCUGCCGUCUAGUCCGGCAUUCUGUUCACACCAUGGCCAACCAGCUUCCUGCAGAAAAUCCGCAAACGGGAGAUGCCUGCAAUAGCUUUCUCAUGCUUGUGUUCCCCUCUGCUUCUGCAACAUAGAAACAUAGAAAGUAAGCAGGUCAGAAGGGGAUGCCCAGGUCAUCUAGUCUGACCCCCGGCUCCAACCAGCUCUUCUCAGGACGUGUGUGGAUGGCUUCAUGACUAUGAAGCCGUCAGGACUGGUAGCCAUUGGAGUGUGCCACAGCAGUUAAAUGCUGGUUGUGUCAAGAACUGCAGUCCUCUUGUCAUACUAAUGCAAAAGUGAAUCUUGCCUAUAUGGUACACUGAUUGCUUUUUCACAGGCAAAGCCAGUAAAUGGUGGAUUAAUCAUUUCAUGAAAAGGUACUCCCUCUGAGCUUUGCUUAAGGCUGCAAAACGGAUACUAAAACAGAAACUUACCUCGUUGGAUUGAUGAGGCAAUGCCAUCCGCUAUUCACUACUUUUUUUCCAGGGCUGCAGAAAAUGCCUGCCUGGAAUUUCCUGCCCUGAGGUGUAGGGCGAACCUAGUGACUUAGAUGAGGCUGUGUGUGCUUAGGUGCCUGGAUGCAAAAGCAAGCAUGUGUGUGUAGCAUGGGCCUUUGCUGUUGCCAGGCAACAGGAGGACUUUGGACAGGCAAGGCCUCCUGUAAAUCCUAGAGCCUGGCCUUCUGCCAUCUGUGCCAAGAGAGCAACACCUUUCUUCUGCUGGGCUGUCGUCCCCAGCGGAAAUCUCACCAACUGAUCUUGGGGACCCACAGCUGGAGAGCCACACAUAUGCUAGGUCCAGAUUUGGCUUUCUCUGCCCAAGGCCCCUCAAGUGGCCCCGGCAAGCAUAUGUGGGCGGUUCAAGCCAAGCUCAGCCGGGGUGUGGAGCAGCACUUGGUGACCUGACUUCCCUUCCUGGUGCCCAGGAAUUUGGUUGCACAGAUGUUCUUCCACCAUGGCCUGCCAGAGAAGCCGCUAACGCUCAGGUGGCCACCACACCACCGAGUCCAUUAAAUGCCAACCCUGAGAUGAACAGCUCAGGAGAGGAGAGCCAGGCCAUGAAGCGGCACUGCUGUGUCUGGGUGCAUGCAGGGAGGCCUCAGGCUUUAGCAGAGCAAGGCAGGAGCAGAGGGCAGCUGAUCCCCUGGGCAGGAGCCAUCUCUCUACCCUGGCAGGGCAGUUGCCUUUGCUUGCAGGAGCACCCUCCCUCCAGACCAGUGAUGCAGAGGCCUGGCAGCUGCUUGGGAGGCUCCAGAGAUGUCUGUGUGAAUGCUCCUCUGUAAAUCCCUUGGAUUCCUCCUCUGCAAGGCCUCUUGUCAGGUUGCCCUGAGACACGUGCAUUGGGCUUGCAUGUCACCAUUGUCUUUGUGCCUUAAACACUGUAUUCCCUGUCCCUGAAGCGGAGGCAGCCCCUGGAGGGACACGCAGCAGUCACUCUGGCUCAGGCUCUGCAACAUGCCCUCGGCCAGAGGCCCAGGGCACCUUCUCAAAGAGGGGAAAGCACUCCUGGUAGAGUCCCUGCAAUAAGGUGCUGCUUUCAUCUCCCCGUUUGUGCUUAUUUGUCCAGCCAUGUUUUUUGACUACUGUCAGUCUUAGCAAGUGACGGCGACUGUCACAAGUGAUGCUCCGCCAUCUUCUGACUCAUAAACUGAUCUGUCUCUUGCAUUCCAGGGAAAAUUCCAGUGAUCCCUUGUCCCCUGGUCCUUUGAAAGCUAAUGCUUUAUAUGCACUACUGCUUCUCCUUUCCUUUUUAUAUUACUGACUUUAUUUAUUGUGUGAAAAGAUUUUGUUUUUGUUGUUUGUGCAUUACCCUUUAAUUCAAGAUGGACUUCUGUAGCUAUUUUCUGUGUUUCAGGGAAGCUGAAGGCUUCAGCCUUCUGGAAUGAGUUGUAUUAGUGUUGCUUCCAAUUAUGUUGAUUUUUCCUUUAUGGCAGGAGUGCAGAAAAGUCCAUGCCUGACUAAGACUUCACUGCAGCACCCCCACAAGGGAACCCCGUCACCACCACCACCGAAUUCCUCUCUGCUGGUGCGCUCCACUCCUUCCUCCAGGGAUCAUCAUGCAGUCUGCUGGGAUGCAUAUAUGUGCACAUUUUGUUGAAGCACUUGCUAAAGAAUAGCUUUAUACAUUCUUAUGUGUUUAUUUCAAUAAUGCAACAUUCCUGAAACUCUUUAUGUGCACUAAGUUGGACAAUGUUUACUUUUUAUGGCAGCCUCCCUUUCCUCCAUCUUUAAUGUUGCUGUCCAAAGAUAAGUAUCUUGACUGGUAGUCCUUAUCUCCUUUUCUAAAGCACACAUUGCUUUUUCCAAGUUAGAAGGGAGAACAUCAGAAAAUAAAGCUCUUCUGCAACAGUG